UUCACAAAAAAAACGUAAGUUUAAUCUUAAUUAUUUGACUUACGAAUACCGUAAGUCAUUUCUUAAGUCGUUUUCACGAAACCACUCGUAAGUGAAAAAAUCACACUUAGGAGAAUCCCCAAGUGCUCAAUCUAGAACGCACUUAAGAUUACACUUACGACAAAAAGCUUUCUUAGCAACACACUUUCGUUUUCAAUGCGGCUGCGCAUUCACACCUUCCGGUUACGUAAUCGUCUGCAAAUUCGACAUAACAGCGGGAAAUUUAACAUAAACACAACAUGGACAAACAAAAACGCAAACCAAACUGGAGUACCGAUGAGUUGGAGGCUUUGGCUCAGGGUGUUUCGGCCAACAUCAAGACUAUAAGAGGAAAAUUCUCCCCUGGCCUUACCAAUAGCCAAAAGACGCAAUGUUGGCAACAAAUAGCCGAACGAGUAAACUCUGUCAACAUCUCAGAAAUCACACGGGAUGUUGUUGAUUGUAAGAAAAAGUGGCAGGAUAUUUCAAGUGCCACAAAGAAAAAAGAAGCUGCACGUUUGAAAGAGAUGAGAGGUACAGGAGGUGGUCCUGCACCUGUGGAGGACAUAAAAACCUGGGAAAGACUUAUUCUUGGCACAUUAUCUAAAUGCUCUGUGGAAGGUGUGGAAGGCGGAGUUGACACUUUAGAGUGUAAUAAAGCAACAACAUCUUCUUUCAUUACAAUUGAGAAAGAUUAUGAUUCUGUAUCAGGAAUAUGUGAAGAUGCUGUUGCAGACUUGCCGGAUAAUUUGCCAGAUAGCAUCUCAGAAAUGAAAGAAGCAUCUGUCCCAACUCUGCCACCCACUUUGCCAGAAGCAUGCACUUCAAAUCUCAUGAAUGCAUCAUGGACAAGGCCUGUGAAAAAGAAGAAAUUACAUGAUAGUUGCUCCAAGUCUGCAGAAGCACCAAAAGAUGUUAGGGAGGAGUUUCUUGAAAUGGAGAGAGAGAGAGAUAAGCACGUACAUGAGUACAGGGCCAAGAAGAUUAAACUCUAUGAAAAGAUGGUGGCACAGCAGGAUGAAAUUCUUCAGUUGCAGAGGAGAUCAACAGAGGCAGUCGAAUUAAUUGUUGCUAAGUUUCCAGGACACUCUUUGAAUUCUCCUUUGUCACCAUUUUCAGUCUCACCAAUCAUUAAGUUCCCAAAUCUAUCAUAAAUUGACAAUUUAUGAUAGAUUUGGGAAAAUCCUCUUCAAAGAUGAAAUUUAAUUCUUCACAAUUACUGUGAGGAAUUAAAUUUAAUCUUUGAAGAUGGUUAUUAACUAUUCGACAGAAAUUUUUUGUUAACUACCCAAGAUAUAUAUUUACACUUUUUACAGUUCAAUGUUUUUUACCCUUCCAGCAGUCAGACCAUCAGUCCUGUUUCCUUUUAGCUCACCUGAACCGAUGGUUCAUGUGAGCUUUUCUGAUCACCUGUUGUCCGUCAUCCGUCUGUCUGUCUUCACUAGAACCAUUGGACCAAAUUUAACUAAACUUGGUACAAAGCAUCCUUAUGGUAAGAGGAUUCAAAAUUUUUUAAAUAAAGGGCGUAACCUUUUUUGAAAAAAAAAAGAUAAUUGCGAAACAGUGAGUAAAGGUGUAUGUCUUUAAAAAUCUUCUUCUCAAGAACCAGUGCACCAGAAAUGCCAAUAUUUACACAAAAACUUGUAUAUAUAGUGAAGAUUCUAAAUUGUAAAAAUUGUGAUCCUUAGACUGGCCAAAACUGGGGCCCCAAGAAAGGUUCACAGUUUAACAUAAAAAUAUAUAUUAUGGAAAAUGUUUUUAAAUAUUUUAAAAGAGAAAUAGCAUAUGCUACGAAAUAGAAUGUUACAAGGAACUAAGUUCAGGUGAGCGAAGUGGCACAUAGGCCUCUUGUUUGUUAUUUGUUUUGUUAAUUCCCUAACAUGACUUCUCUUAAACCACUACAUGUCACAGAAUUUAUUGAAACUUGUAGGGAUUUAGGACAUAAUGUGUAGAUGGGCAUAUAUCAAGGAAGUUUUUAAUUUUUUUACUCUUUUGAAUUUAGAAUUAUUUGUUGUCGACAAAUUGUACAUGUUUUGUGUUUGUUAUGUGUAGGUAAAGUAUCUAAUAUGUAGCAUUGUCAAGUAGUAGGGAGCAUAUGGUUUGUAAGCUUGCUUGUAAACCAAUUUUAUAGUAUAUGUUUAUUUUAAUAACUCUCCAUAUUAAUGAACAGAUAAUGGAUUUUUAAAAAAAUAUAAUCAAAUUGAAUGCUGCUAAUAUAGAUAUUUAUAUCAUCAUGCACACUCUGUUGCUGUACACAUAGCAAUUCGCAAGAUUGUUGAAAGUUUUAAUUAUUUAAUUCCAACCAACCUAAUUCAUAUGUCAUAGCUUUGAAUGAGAGAGAGAGAGAGAGAGAGAGAGAGAGAGAGAAUGUGAUUUUUUCAUAUGAUUGCCAGUAUUAAACAUGUCUGUAUUACUGAUGAGCUGUAUAGCUUAAAGUUAAUAAAGAACUGUAAACUGUA